AUGGGCAAGCAGUCUGGCAGACUGGCAAAGAAGGCCAAGCCUACACUGUCCAAGGGAUGCAGUGCCAGCAAGGACUCCCACAUCUUCGAGGUCGGGAUGACCAAGCAGAAGAACCCACACCAGGCGAUUAAAACGCUGGCCAGAUCGGCGGGCAAGGGCUUCGUGAGUGAGGCGCACAAGCAAGGGGUGAUGUUCUCCUGGGACAAGGGGUGA